AUGGUUAUUGUUCCUUAUUCUAUACGAUCUAAAACAAUUACGGACUCACUUGUCGACGGCACAAUACAAUACGAUCGUUGGGUAAAUCAACCUUUUCCAAUUAACUUUAAUGUCUACUUAUUUGAAAUUAAAAAUCCGCUGGAAGUUUUAAAUGGAUUAGAAAAACCGAACUUGCAUCAAAGAGGUCCUUAUGUGUACACCCAAACAAGUAUUAAACGCGAUAUUAAACGUGAUUCGGUCUAUGAUACAUUAUCUUACAAACAAUAUUAUCAUUUUGAGUUUAAUCAGAAUCUCUCUGGUGAAUAUACCGAAAACGAUGAAUUUUACGUGCUUAAUGCACCUUUACAGGGAUCAUUUCAAAUUUUUGAAAGAAUGGGAAUGGCGAAGGAGCUGGAAGACUGGUGGGAGGAAGCGUUUGACGGUUAUGAAAUAAUUGGUCCUUUUAUUAAAAUCAAAGUGAAAAAUUUCUUAUUCGAUGGUGUUAAAUUUUGUACAGAUCCAACCAAUUUUAUGUGCUCCAUAAUGAUCAGUUCACCCACUACUAGAAGUAGGAGUAUGGAAUUGACUGAAGAUGGUGCUUUAUCAUUUUCAGCGUUUGGAUAUAAACAAGAUAAUCACGAUGGUGAAUACAAGAUAUUUGCUGGAGUUUCCGAUUUAUAUCUUGAAAGUAAAGUGGGAUUAAUUACGGCUUGGGAGAAUUCAGACACUUUAAAUAUUUGGAAGGCAGGUUCAUGUAAUACGGUGAGAGGAAGAGACUUUACCAUUUAUCCUCCUUAUAUAGACGAAAUUGAUGUAUUCGCUAUUUUUAGUACUGACUUGUGCAGAGCGGUAACUUUACAAUACCAAGAUCAACAUGAAUACCAAAAUAUAGAGGGGCAAAGAAGAUUUUUAAGACGCGAUACACUAUCGAACCAAGCCGGAAACUCUUGCUAUUGUACAAAGCGGACCGCAAACUUAAAUGGAUCAAGAACAGAAUGUUUGCCAGAUGGUUUUUUGGAUAUGAAUGAGUGUAUGUUAUCACCUGUUGUUGUAUCUUUCCCACAUUUUUUAUGGACUACAACAGAUAUCAGUCAAACUGUAACCGGUUUAAAACCAGAAGAAGACAAACAUGUGACUUUUAUAACAAUAGAAAGAGAUACAGGAAUUCCUUUGAUUGGAGCCAAAAGAUUUCAAUAUAACAUGGUACUUAGACCAAUAGAUGGAAUAAGCAUAACAACAUUAUUAAAUCCAUCUAUGGUACCUUUAUUAUGGACGGAAGAGAGUUUUGAAUUAUCAGGAGAAUUACUUGAAACCGUCGAAAAUUACGUUUAUGAUAUGCGUGUGACGCAAAUACUUACUUGGGUUUUUACGAUAUUAGGAAUG